AUGGUACACUCCGCGAGCCGAGACUCUUUGUAUCAGGGCUCGGACUUCCGUUACCUCAUUGGAAUUCGCACAGCGAUGUUCCUCGUGCCUGAGCCCCGGCUACUCUUCAAGGCCCAACGAGAGACACGCACCGAUGCGGACCAGCCCUUGCAGUCCGAGACGUUGCACCGCCCGAUCCCGUGCGAAAUACUGCUGUGCCGUGCGAGUGAUUUCCCCUGCUCCUUGAACCUACUCAUCAUGGCUUCGGCGCGCAACCAGCACAGCUGCAUUGAAUCAGCGCUGGAAGUCAAGCGCCAGGAGCCAUGGGCCGGGUGCAGAGAAAGAAGACUCGUGCGGAACGCUGCACCACUGGGACUUGGAAGCUAUGGCAAGUUCACAGACGGAGUGACUUGGACCUUUCCCAUUUCGAAUGGUCUCUAUAGCAUGAGUGUCCCGUUUGUCGCCAAGUAUGCCUUUCUGGUAGGUUUCGGAUCUUCGGAAGUGCAACAGUGCAUACCUGCCGUAUACGAUAAUGUCAGCCCGUGA